AUUAGCAGUGAUUUUUCUUUGCAUCCCAGAUGAGACACGAGCCCAUUUGCAAGAAAGUCUUCAACAAGAAGCGCAAGCCCUUCAAUUCUUUUAAACAGAGAGUGCAGGGAACAGAAAUCGGAACCGUGAAGAGGCAGCCCCUGCUGAAGAAUCAGCCAGUGAAGAAAUCUAACUGGAGGCAGCACCAUGCGGAUUUUAUUAAUGCCAUUCAAUCAGCCAAACAAGUGACAAAAGCUAUGCAAGAAGGUCGUCCUCUUCCUCCUCCCCCCCCACCAAGCAUCAAUCCAGACUAUAUUCAGUGUCCAUUCUGCUUGAGAAGAUUCAACGAGGCUGCAGCAGCAAAACACAUCAAAUUUUGUGAAGAACAAGCUACUCGCCGUGCCAUUGCCGCCAAGAUCACCAAACAGCCUAUGGACAAGCAAGCAGUGACUCAGAGAAAAAAAACAACUGUCACACCUCUGUUACCACAUGAGAAGAGAGUACAAAAGGUUGAUAACACAGAAAAAUCUACUCCAGAGACUCCUCAUGGAACACUGCAAAAAAGCAGAAAACCUUUGGGUGUGUCUCCUGUAAAAAAAUCUGCUGGAGAAUUUGGACAGCAGACACAGACCAGAAGAUAGAGUGGCUGCCUGCCAGGGACACAUUAAGGUGUUUUGCAGAAGCACUAUGGGCCUUAACAGUGUGGUCCUCCAGCACCUCUUCUACCCCCAGUGCUGCAGCUCAGUCUGUUGUGAUGCAGUGGUAAUAAUACAAUGGAUACCAUCUCCAAUUAAAAAUAAUAAUAAUAAUGGAACUUCACAGUCC